AAGGAGGGGUGAGACCUGACCUUCUUGAAAGAGGAGAAGCGAUUUCGGUUUGAGAGUAUUCUAAGCUUCCGCGGAAUGGAGAGUCUUAAACCAGGCUAUUUCCUUGAAGGAUCUGGCAUUUGAGGAUUUUCAGCGAUAAAAGCUGGGAGAAUACCGCCCGGGCAACCGAACUGCGGGUUUGCGUAAAGAUCUUCCAAGGAGAUAAACGCGCACAGGUGACGAGGAAAGGUACAUUGUUACAGACGUUGAACUACUUUAAAGAAUAUAAGAACCGCUCAGUAACCUGCGGAAUGAAAACCGAAUAGGUGCGUAGUUUUACCCCAUAUGUCAGCAAGGAAAAGGGUCGUGCAGACAAAUCGGUUUUUACUGAGGCACAAACCAGAAACCUCAAUGCAUUUCCGUGGGUUUGGGUAAGGGCGUAGCGCCUUUAAACAUCACACGUCUCAAGCCCACGGAGCGCAACGAACUCUUCUUGUGCUUUGUUUUUCCUCUCGCAAAUUUGGUAGUUUAUCUUAAGACCAGCAGCGGAAACACGAGAUACCCGAGAAAGAGGAACAGUUAAAUGGGUGGCGCUCUCUGUGUCUUUUAAGAUCACACAUUAAAAAAGGCAAGGGGGACGAUCACAGCACACCAGGGGCCCGGGCAAAUACUCGCGCCGGGGAUGAGAACUUCGAUGUCUGGAAUUUAAAACCCUCUUAUCCGUCAGAAGAGCACUUGAUCGAGGAAGAGGAGGAGAAAUUCCUCAGCAAUGGGCGACAGCGCCGGCGUCUCCGAACCGCCAGGGACGGUCAGCCCGGGCGCUCAUUUAGAUGCGUAUCAGGCAGCCGCAGCUUCGCCGCCGGUGCAGGAGGAAGAGGAGGAGGGGGGGGAGGAAGGGUCUAGAUGCGCAGCCGCGGGUGCCAGCGACGGGGGCCCCCAGAUUCCCAGAGCCGCCUGGCGGGCGGCCGGAGGCACCGGGAGCCGGGAGGAGCGCGCGCCCCGGCUGAGCGCGAGAGCCUGCGGGUACGCCUCCGCGCGCAGGGCGAAGCUGCAGAGGCAGCCGGAGGUGAGCGAGACCGACGGCGCCCCGUGCGCGUCCCUCACCCCGGCCAUGAGGAAGAAAUACCUAAAGGAGCUGUUCCUGCACAACGGUCUGCACAACGGCCUGGGCAGCAUACUGGUCUCGUCGCAGAGCUCCAGCGCUGCCGGGGACUGCGGGGAUGAGGCCGCCCAGCCCAGCACCGAGGACGGCAACCUGACCAGGACAUUCUGGGCCCUGGAUCCGGUGGAGCACGCCUGGAUGCUGUCGGUCGUGGACGGGAAUUACGACACCAUCGUGGAGUUCCUCUCGGAGGACCCGAGCCUGCUAACCAGAAAGGAUUUUGUCUCCGGGUUCACGGUCAUGCACUGGCUCGCCAAGCACGGCAAAGACGAGACGCUGAUAAAGGUGAUGAGGUACGCGGAAAGCCGGGGGCUGCCGGUGAACAUUGACGUGAGAGCCAGCGGGGGGCUCACCCCGCUCCACGUGGCUGCCAUGCACGGGCGGCACAUGGUGGUCAAGAUCCUGGUGGGCGCCUACAGCGCCAGCGUGGACGCCAUGGACCACAGCGGCCGGAGAGCCUGGCAGUACCUGAGGGGGGACGCGCCCGCGGAGAUGAGGGAGCUGCUGGGGGCCAUGGACGAGCAGGGCUGGGCUCUUGGGCCCCUGAACACGAACAACAACAGCGCCGACGCACUGAGCCGGGCGGAGCCGGAGGCCCCGGGCCGGAAGGGCCAGCUCGGCGGGUUCGCGUCGUUCAAGAGGAUGCUGAGCCCCCUGCUGUCGUUCGUCAGCAGAAGCAGCAGGGAACCGCUGGGAACGGCGCAAUGAGCGCGGGGGGGCCCCACCCGCGUGAACAGGACGAGAAGGGGCUUUUGAGUUGUGCUUGAAGCCUGGUUUUCAUGUCCGUGACCGAACCAGUCCUCCAGGUGCGUCUGAAGCUUUUCCAAUGGGAUCUGCGCGCCGGCCCAGCGCCACAUCGGAUAAAAGAGAGGUUGUGUUCCUGGACGCUGCAACGCUGGUCGGCGCGUUAGAGAAACGGCGAGGACAGUCGAUCAUCCGUUCGGAAUGUUCCGAUCGCAGUGUUUCGUGUGAAGGGAUCAAUAAGCACAUGGCUGCUUCCUGAAUGCGUUGAUCAUUAAUCAGACUGGGAUUUUUUUUUUGCUCUGUCAGUAUUUGUCUCUCAUUUUUUGGAUAACCUGGUGCACUUUACUGUAACACCAAAUAUACUUUUGUAUAUAAAACCCUUUAAUAUUUCUGAA